AUGGUACGCAUCGUCAUUUUGUCGAUACGCGAGGUUACUUCUCACCAAAAGCUCUCUGCUGCAGGCGACGUUUUCCGCCUUGGUCCGAAUAAGCUCAUCUUCAACUCAGCGGCGGCGGUUCAAGAUAUAUACUUGAACCCGCGCGUGGCUAAAGGCGAGCCUUAUAACCAUGGAAUGUUCAUCUCCAAGCACCGCACUCUAUUAAUGACUACAAACAAGGAGGAGCAUAAGAAAAAGAGCAAGGUCAUUGGGGCUGUGCUAAACGAACGAUCCAUGCGCAUCUUCGAGCCGAAAAUAAUAAAGCGCGUCAAUGAGUUCCUGCAAGUCCUAGUCAGCGCGUCUGAGAGUUCAACACCGGUUAAUUUAUCAGACGUGUCUACAUAUCUUGCCACUGAUAUUGCUGCAGAUCUUGCAUUUGGCCAGCCGUUGAACACGCAAACAGAAGAAGCUAAUCGCUUUUUCCCAAUGACUCUUAAGAAAUGGAGCUGGCGCGUGAACAUGAUGAUGCAGUUCACCCCCUGGCGAAUCUACAACUUGAUUAUGAUGGCGGUAAAGUACAAGGAGACAAUGAAGCUGAUGGUGGCUAUCAAGAAUAUGGUACGAGCGCGAGAGGCGAUGGAUAGGCACGCAUACCACGACUUUUAUUCCAUUGUCAUCGAUGAGAUCAAGCUGGAUUCAUCAUUCCUCAGCAGCGAAAUGUGGCCCCAUGGAACUAAUUUCCUGGCAGCCGGUGGCUUGACAACUGCUGCAACCAUAGCCAGUACAUUCUUUUAUCUCUCCAGGUAUCCCGAGUCUUAUGCUCGCGUCGCUCGCGAGGUCCGAACCACCUUCUCCUUAGCCGAUGAGAUUCAGCAGGGGCCCAAACUGACAGGAUGCAAAUAUCUCCGAGCCUGUAUCGAAGAAAGCCUUCGCUGUUCCCCGCCAGUACUAUCAAUUCUCUGGCGUCAACUAGAUCCAGCCGAUACGAGCGGCAAACCUUUCAUAGUUGACGGACACGUUAUCCCCCGAGGCACUCAGGUUGGCGCCAGUCUUUACGCCCUCUUCCACAACGACAGGAUAUUUCCGGAUCCUUUUGUCUACCGGCCUGAGCGAUGGCUUGAGCCAGCAAAUGGCGCUAAGAACGACGACCUGAAGGCGGCGCGACGAACGAUGCGUAUGGCGCAUAUCCCCUUUGCCGCCGGUGAUCGGGCGUGUCCUGGUAAAGCCAUGGCAUGGAUAGAGAUUACGAUGACUAUUGCGCGCACAUUGUGGUGCUUUGACUUUGAAAAGGCACCUGGAAAGCUAGGGCGAGUCGGAGAGAUUUUGCACACAAAGCCAGAUGGCCAGGGCUUCGUCCCAGAGCACAAGAUAGAAGAUUGGUUCACAGCUGUUCACAACGGACCGUAUUUGACUUUCCGAAAGCACGACCGCCUUCCCAAGUAG